AUGACAGACUGGUCUUUACACGGAGGCGCCGAAGCUUUACCAGUCAGUCAUGCGAACGAGAGCGAUGCCAGCAUGGCCCGAGGAUCAGGAACACGUUUGCAUCAGCCUAGCAUCAAAGACUUGUCCAUUCGACCUGCAGCGCUCACUCACAACGACUCGACACCCUCUCUGACAGACAUGUCUGCGCAGAGUAGCAGCAGUACGAGUGAGGCAGGCAGCGACAGCGAGCUCAGCCGAUCGAGCAGCCGGACAACCCUCACUUCAGGCAGCAGCGACCACGUUGACGACGAGAAAGCCUUGCACGAGCAGCCUCAGCUACGUCAACGACACGUGCAGAAGGCUUCAGACUCCCGCAGAGCCGCGUUGGACGAGCUAGCGAAGAAGCGAGCGGCUCAUUCGGCAGGCGCACGCGACGAUUGGCUGUGGACCAUGACGGAAGAGCCUCAUCGGACUCGCCGCAUCGCCAUUCUCAAGGAUCACCCUGAAAUUCGCGGCCUGAUGGGACAUGAGCCAUUGACGAAAUACGUCGUACUUUUCGUGUUGGCCGUUCAAUUUGCUUGCGCCUGGCUCUUGCGAAAUUCACACCCAUUCUCAUGGCCAUUCUUCCUUACUGCCUAUAUCAUUGGAGGCACCGCCAACCAGAAUACCUUUCUCGCUAUUCACGAGAUCACACAUAAUCUGGCAUUCCGAGGCGUCAAGGCGAACAAGCUAUUUGCGAUUUUAGCGAACUUACCUAUUGGCGUGCCUUAUGCUAUGAUGUUCAAGCGCUAUCAUAUGGAACACCAUCGACAGCUGGGAGAGGACGGCGUCGACACCGAUCUGCCGACCAAGAUCGAACUGAUGUGUCUGCGAAAUGUGCUGGGCAAAACCUUCUUUUGCACGUUCCAAAUACUCUUCUAUGCGCUUCGACCGGGCUUCGUACGAUCACAGGCCUUCACACGGUGGCACGCGCUCAAUUUCCUCGCUCAAUUCGGUUUCGAUGCCUUGCUUGUUCGAUACGUCGGCGGGAAUGCCUUGACGUAUCUGAUUAUGUCAUCCUUCUUUGCCGGCUCGUUACACCCUUGCGCUGCACACUUUAUCGCAGAGCACUACAUCAUCGACGAGGAUGGCCAAGAGACGACUUCGUAUUACGGCCCGCUCAACGUUUUGGCUUACAACGUUGGACUGCAUAACGAGCACCAUGACUUUCCCAACGUGCCCUGGACGAGACUGCGAGAGCUCAACAAGAUCGCACACGAAUACUAUGACGAUCUGCCUUCGCACACUUCUUGGCCUAUGGUCACCGUCAAAUUCAUCUUUAACGAUUCUGUAGGACUGUUCAGUAGGAUCAAAAGGCUAACCAAGCAGGAUAGAGAAGCCGCCUUGGCGGAAGGAGACGCAGAUAGAGCAGUCUCAAGCGCUCGCUGCUGUGAAUCAGAUACAGUGUCCUUCGUGACAGCAGCACAUUUGACGACAAUCCGAACAGUCAGACGCAACGCAAUGGUCAAAUCUAGUGACAUCCUAUUGAUCCUGCUCGCUAUCCUCUUUCCACCGGCGGCAGUAGCAGUCCUCACGGGCUGCUCAUGCGAUGUGCUGAUCAAUGUCUUGCUCACCUUGCUCGGAUACAUUCCCGGCCACAUCCACGCAUUCUACAUCAUCUUCAAGCACAUGAAGGCUGAGGAAAGCUACGGGCAUGGCGGAUAUAGAUACGCUGGCAAUGCGACUUAUGAGCCAAUCGGUGCACCUACUCAACAGCGAUUCCCAGCCCAGCCUCAGCAGCAAUACGAAGCGCCACCGUCGUAUGGAGCAACGAAAUAG